GUUUCAUGGCUUGCUUUCAUUCAUAUGUAUGCAGUGAUUAAAUGUUUGAUCUAAACUGCAGAUUGGAUAUUGGGAAGCAAAUUUGGGUGUGAAAUCUUCAGCUCUGGAGCACGCAGAGUCCAUGAUGGCUCAGACCGAGUGAGUGAGAGGCAGCGAGCGAGGACGCCCCUCCGCUCGCGGCGCGACUGACUCGCAGACUCGCGCCGGCUCCGGCUCUCCACGAUUUUCUCUCGCAGACUUUUCCCCCGGUCUUGAGCGAUCCGGUGCCCAGAGGGGGCCCGAGCUGCUCAAGUCCGCGAUGAAGAGAAGUCCAGGUCUCUCUGACUAUCUUUGGGCCUGGACCCUCCUUCUGAGCACGUUGACUGGAAGAAGCUUCGGACAGCCCUCGCUACAAGAUGAACUUAAAGACAACACCACUGUCUUCACUAGGAUUUUGGACCGACUCUUAGAUGGCUAUGACAAUCGCCUGAGACCAGGCUUGGGAGAGCGUGUAACUGAAGUGAAGACUGACAUCUUCGUUACCAGUUUCGGACCCGUUUCAGACCACGAUAUGGAAUAUACAAUAGAUGUGUUUUUCCGUCAAAGCUGGAAGGACGAGAGAUUAAAAUUUAAAGGACCCAUGACAGUUCUCCGGUUAAACAACCUAAUGGCAAGUAAGAUCUGGACUCCAGAUACCUUUUUUCACAACGGAAAGAAGUCUGUGGCGCAUAACAUGACAAUGCCCAACAAACUACUGCGGAUCACAGAGGACGGCACCUUACUGUACACCAUGAGGCUGACGGUGAGAGCUGAGUGCCCAAUGCAUUUGGAGGACUUCCCCAUGGAUGCCCAUGCCUGCCCACUGAAAUUUGGAAGCUAUGCUUAUACCAGAGCAGAAGUUGUCUAUGAGUGGACCAGAGAGCCAGCACGCUCCGUGGUUGUAGCAGAAGAUGGGUCACGCUUAAACCAGUAUGAUCUUCUUGGACAAACAGUAGACUCUGGAAUUGUCCAGUCCAGCACAGGAGAAUAUGUUGUUAUGACUACUCACUUCCACUUGAAGAGAAAGAUUGGUUAUUUUGUUAUUCAAACAUACCUGCCAUGCAUAAUGACGGUCAUUCUGUCACAAGUCUCCUUCUGGCUCAACCGAGAGUCUGUACCAGCAAGAACUGUCUUUGGAGUAACAACUGUGCUGACCAUGACAACUUUGAGUAUCAGCGCCAGGAAUUCCCUCCCUAAGGUGGCUUACGCAACAGCUAUGGAUUGGUUCAUUGCCGUGUGCUAUGCCUUUGUGUUCUCGGCUCUGAUUGAGUUUGCCACAGUAAACUAUUUCACCAAGAGAGGUUAUGCAUGGGAUGGCAAAAGUGUGGUUCCAGAGAAGCCAAAGAAGGUGAAAGAUCCUCUCAUUAAGAAAAACAACACUUAUGCUCCAACAGCAACAAGCUACACCCCUAACUUGGCCAGGGGUGACCCCGGCUUAGCCACCAUUGCUAAAAGUGCAACCAUAGAACCCAAAGAAGUCAAGCCGGAAACGAAACCACCAGAGCCCAAGAAAACCUUUAACAGUGUCAGCAAAAUUGACCGCCUGUCAAGAAUAGCCUUCCCGCUGCUAUUUGGAAUCUUUAACUUAGUCUAUUGGGCUACAUAUCUCAACAGAGAGCCUCAGCUAAAAGCCCCCACACCACAUCAAUAGGUUCUCAUAGUUGUGUUCUGUCGUUCAGUCCCCUGAACUGGGAAUGGCUUUCUGUUCUUAAUGCAGCGAUUCCCAUCUGCUUUAUUGCCUCUGUCUUAAAAGAAUUUGAAGGUUUCCUUAUUUCCAUAAUUCACAUAAGAACAAGAGACCCCUGUGUGGCAGUCCAGAGCAGAGCAGAAUAUGCAGCUUGGAGACAGGAUUCUGAGAGAAGACGCAGGAGAGCAAAACCAUAUCAGAAGGAGACAGACGUGAGAGGAAAGGAAGGGGAAGAAGGUCCCAUGAUAGGAGGAAAAGUUGAAGAAAAAUAGAGCUUACCUACAAUCCCUAGAUCAUUUGUAGAUAUAUAUUUCCAAAUAUUAUUAAAAAAAACUACUGUAUAUGUCAAAAAUAUUUUUGUGUGAAGGUGUUUAAAAGAAUAAAAUAUAAAUGUUUAAUGAAGAAAAAAUUUAAAAAUCUAUGUAUUUAUUGCACAAAUUAUGGUGUGCUUAUGUUUUUGUUUUGUAUUUUAAGCUGAUGUAUAAGCUUUAACAUUUGUGUUUCCAAAGCUAAAAAAAAAAAAAGAAAAAAAAAGCCCGUUCUUUCUCCUUUUAAAAAAUCUCUAAUGCAUUAUUUUGCUGUUAAAAUGCUAUUUUAAAAUUUAUGGAAAUUUCAUAGGCAAAGGUGCAAUUGCUCAUUGUAGAGCACAUUUAAUCCAGUGGAGAGAAAUGCUUUAAAUAGGCUCCUUUGCUACCAUCUUAGCUUUUACCACUAGACUCUAUGAAGCAUCCUUUUAACAGAUGUUCUCUCAAUGGAAACUAAAAAUUAAUUAAUGAUAAUUAAUUUUUAUUUUGCACCCUAUUUUCAGAUAAUACAUUCAUCCAACAAUCACUAGAUUCUUAUUAUGGAGAUGUUUUUAGAGGGGCAAAAAUAUUUUGCAAGCUCUAGAAUUGUUGAAUGUAUUCUUUUAUAUAACUACAUUAAAAGCUUUAGAUUGAAAUUUAUGACUAGAAACAAAAAAAUAGAAUAUAUAAAUCAUAUCUGUAAAUAUUCAGCAUGAGAUUGUACAUUUUUUACUUUUUUUAAAGUUAUGUUCCUAAAAUAUCAUGUAGGAAUCACCACUCUUAGCUGUUAAAAUGUUGUUAAAUGCUAUGGAAAUACAUUCAGAGCCUGCAUUUAAGAACAGAACAGCCUGAUGGAAGCAGAUGGUACUUCAAACAUAUGGGUAUGAAGUCCACUUAUGUAGACAAAGCUGAUAAUUCCAAACUGUUGUCCAGUGUUCAAUGGUAGAUCAGUUGCUAUCUGCUCAAAUCCUGCCAUACCAUAUUUUCCUAUUUUAGGCUAUUGUAAAAUAAAAAAAAAAAUGGGAAGCAUUAGUUGGAAUUAGAAAAUCAACUGUAUAUUCUUGCUAUAUUUGCUGAUACCAACUAUUUCAAUAAGUGCUGUACCAUAUGUAGCAUUCAAUAUAAAAUACAUGAAAGAAUGUACAGGAAAUAGCUUUUAUUGAGUAAUAUUAUUACAUUUCAUUUAUACUGUAGCAAUAUAUUUGUAGGCAUACUAUGUAAGGGCUUUAAAUAAAAGAGGUCCAUUAAUACUCCCUAUAAAAAUUCUAGUCUGUUUCAUUACUGCCCAGAUGUUUUAGAGAUAAAUAUUUAUGCAGAAGGUAUUUUUGAAGUCUCCUUUGUCUGAUAGAGUUUCACAGAUAUAUAAAUUUAGUGUUCAGAAUCCACAGGUCAUGGUCUAAACACAUUUAUAAUAAUACAAUGUAAAGCUUUUAGCAUAAUUGCCAAAUAAGACAGUUGGGAUCCAUAUCUGAGUUUUGAGCAAUGUUUUUUCUCAAAAAGCUGCUAUCCAAUGAUGUAGGAAAAUAUACUGUGUUUUCCUAAACAAACUCUGGUUUUCAUUUUAAAUGUGCUUCAUUGUUUAAUUUGGUCCUGCCUAAAUUUCAUGAGCUAGGCCAAUAAAGGCUAAACCAAGGACCUUUCAUCCUCUGGUAUCACGUGUAGAUAUUAUGUAUAGAAAAUAAAGAUAAAUUAUGGCUCUAACUUCUGUGCUGUUUAUCUUGUUAUUUUUGGACAUUAACCUAAUGUGUUUAUUGAGAGCAUUUUACCUUCCAGACUCCUCAUGGUUAAAUUUUGGUCUGUAUUUUGCUCACUAGAUGUGAAUAUUUCUUAUUAGUCUGCUUUCUGCUAUGCAAUGAUUGCAUUCCUAUCAUUUCUUAGUUUGUUAGUAUAUGUGGGUAAUAUUCUAUUGUAUAAAUGGAUUGCACAGUUAUCAGAGACAAAUUAUUCUAUGUAGCUUUUCUACCGUGCUUUGCUAAACCAUGUAAUACUAGUUAAGUCUUCCUUGAAAAUAAAGAUACACUCUUAUAGAGGACAGUUCCUGUUUACUCCCAGGAAAUCUUUUUUAAAGAUGACACUGAAUGUUUAUUGCACCUCAGUGCAGUGAAGUGGCAAUAAAACCUAAUACGAGUCAAGGUUGUUUAUGGCAGAUGCAUGCAUUGCUUUACAGAGUUUAGCAGAAGCUCUUAAUUUUAUGUCACACUGUAUUCAAUUAUGAUAAUAAAGCUAACAUUAUUCAAUAAUAAAAUGGAAUAUUGACUCUC